AUGGACCGGCUAAGCCCCAUAUCGACGGAUUCCGGGUUUGAAUCGUGUUGCUGUCCAUCUAGUCCGGCUACCUCAUCAUCGAACACCACUAAGGAAAAACGUCCAUUGUUCGUUCCAUCACUGCCAUCGUCGUCAUGUACUGUCUUGGGCUUACCAACUGGUGAUGCUCACGCUGUUAUAUGUGACUUAACACCUUCAAGUAGCGAAUCGUCGCUGUAUCGUGAAGAUUCAAUCUCACUGGAUUCAUUGUCGACCAGUUCUCCAAAUACUGACUGCCCUAGCUGUUCGACGUCUACACCAUCGUGCAGCGCUACAUCACAUACAUGCGAGGACACUAGUGAGCCAUCAGAAUCACUUACUAUCGAUGGUGGUUCGAUAAGUUACCUCUGUUUAUGGAGUGGUUGUUCGAGUGUUUAUGACAAAGCUGACUAUUUGUAUGAUCAUGUCAUUGAGCUCCAUAUCAAUCCAUUGCAUGAUCUUACACCUGAGCCGUCAAAACAGAAACAAGAAAAAGAAGAUGACGAAUCAAUUAAAUGCCAAUGGGACGAUUGCACGAUGUUCCUGCGAAGAGGAGAUAGUGAGAAAAAGAUCUGCUGGCUCAUGGAUCACUUUCGCACUCGUCAUGCACGGACUGCGAAUCCUUUCCAUUGUGUCAUCGAAGGAUGUCAGAUGCGAUUUUCUACGACGAAUAGGUUAGAGGAACAUGUCCGCCUCGAGCACAUCAAUCCUCCUAAGCCUGUCAAAGAAACUCCUGCUGUUGUUCAGAGGGAACAUUGCUACGGAUGGCGUCCUCGGUUGUAUUAUCCAGUUCGUGAGUACUUG